UAAAUUUCACCUGAACCCGUAGAGGUUAGGCUAACUGACUUACACAGCCCUAGCCCAUUAACAGAACGGAGAAACCUCAAGCCGCCGCACCCUUUCCCUCUCUUCUCUCCACCAGCCACCUCCGACAGCGAACGCCACUAACAACGAGGUGUUUUGCAAGUCCUUCCCUUGCGGACUUGGAAUUUGAGUGAAGAUGGCAGGCAGAGGUCGGGGACGAGGAGGAUGGGGACGAGGACGAGGGGGUGGGGGUGGGUUUACAUUUGCAGCUCAAGUUCCAUUUGAUCCUUUUCCUGAGGAUGUUACUUUACCUGAAGUUAAAAUUGGUGAUAUUGAUGCUAGUACGAAAAAGCUGCUUAUUUGGAGUUAUAAGCUUCAGAAUUAUUGGAAAGCCUCCCCUUAUCAUCUGGAGGAGAGAACCUCGAAGAAGAGGCAAAGGAUGCACAUAGCUAGAUUUUCUGACAAGAAGGGAAAUGAUUUUACUCGUGACUCUCUGUCACAAGUUUUGAUGUUCAAGGAAUUUCCUCAGGAGUUGGUUCAAGGUGCAUCUAAGCAGACGUCAAGAAGAAAAAAGUUUCGAUGGAACCCGGAGUCAGGGAAUAAUAAACUUGAUUUCCUUGAACAACAAGAGGAAAAAAACAAGGGCAAGGAGGAUGUCGAUGAAAAUGAAAAGAAAGAUGGAGAAGAUGAAGAAGAUGAAAAUGCAGAAGAGGAGGACGAUGAUGAUAUCAGCGAGGAUGAUUAUCAUCAGAAUGAAUAUUUUGAUGACGAUGAAGAUGAUUAUAAUGAUGUAGAGGACGGGAAUGAUGAACCUAUCUAUUAGAUAUCUUUGGGGGAGAAUGAUCUUCUGCUCAUCCCGCAAUAGCUAUACAAGCAUAGACUAUUGCAUCUUUAAUAUGUUACAAGUUGGGAAUUCAAAUUACGUGUUAGCCUUAUUUAGCUUUUACUUUGUAAAUAUUUUAAAUUGUUCAAUUACAAACCGGUAUCUUUUUUGUAAAUGUUUAGUUUAAAUUUGUGUACCCCUUUACCAGAAAGAAAUUUUGUUUAUAGAAAACUUGAAAGAAAUAUAUUUAGAGGUGCGUUAUUUUUCAAU